CGUUUUUCUUGUAAACUAAACAAAUUCGAUUUGUUUUGAUUGCAAAAAAUUAAGUAAAUCAAGAACACUGUGGUUAAUUUAUCAUUAUUAUUUAUUCCAGUAGACAUGAAUGAAAUAGAUGAUAAGUUUUACUACGUCUACAGUUCAUCUUUGGACCAUAAAGUAGAGAUCAAAAUUGGCACCUUAGAAGGGAAAAGAGCAAAGCCUGAAUAUGAUAAAUUACUCUCGGAUCCUAUGCUCAAGUUCUCCGGCCUGUACCAAGAGGGAUGUUCAGAUCUGUAUGUCACUUGCCAAGUAUUGUGUGACGGACUACCCCUUGCGCUGCCAGUUACUACAUCAUACAAAGCAUUUACCAACCGAUGGAAUUGGAAUGAAUGGAUAACACUGCCAGUGUUUUUCAGUGAUCUGCCGAGAAAUGCUAUUCUUGCUAUGACAAUAUAUGACUGUGCUGGUCCAGGCAAGGUGAUGAUAGUUGGAGGAACCACUAUAUCAUUGUUUGGCAAACAUGGAAUGUUACGACAGGGUAUGUUUGACCUCCGCGUAUGGCCGGGCGUAGAGGGCAGCGAGAGGACGCCAGGGAAAGCGCCCGAUCGGGGUAAAGAACAAAUGCAGAAAUUGGCCAAACUUGCUAAGAAACAUAGGAAUGGACAUAUGCCUAAAGUGGAUUGGUUAGAUAGAUUGACAUUCAGAGAGAUAGAAAUGAUCAACGAGAAAGAAAAACGUAGUUCGGAUUACAUGUACCUCAUGAUAGAGUUCCCCACAGUACAGAUUGAUGGCAUCAACCACGCGGUUGUAUACUACGAGCAAGAUGGGGAUGAAAUGUACCAGUUCAGAGCUCAGGCUGAGAUCGUCACUGUACCCGAUUAUGAAAUUUUACAGGAGAACCUGGUGGAGAGCAAGCAGCACCGGCUGGCGCGCUGUGUGCGCGGCGCGUGGGGCCGCGAGGCCAAGCCCACCGCCCGCGAGCGCGACCAUCUCGCCGCGCUCGUCGCCGCGCCGCCGCGCCGCGCGCUCGCCGCCGACGACCAAGACCUCGUCUGGAAGUACCGUUUCUACCUAUCGUCGCAUCGCCGCGCGCUCACAAAAUUCUUAGAGUGCGUUAACUGGAAUAGACCCGCGGAGGUGCGCCAGGCGCUGGCAAUGAUGAAGCAGUGGGCGCCCAUGGAUGUAGAGGAUGCACUGGAACUCCUCACGCCUAAGUUCACGCACCCAGCAGUCAGGAGGUACGCGAUCUCCCGACUGCGGCAGGCUCCUGAUGAGGACCUGCUGCUGUACCUGCUGCAGCUGGUGCAGGCCCUCAAGUACGAGGACUUCGCAGAGAUACACAGCGAGUACUUGCGCGUGUGCGGCAAAGACGCGGUGCUGGCGGAGUGCGAAGGUCUCAUGCAGAGCACGCGACAGAACCCUACAGCAUCAGUACUGACGUCCAGUGACAUGACAGCUUCUACCACAAGCAGACAGUCAAACGAACCUCCAGAAGAAUCUACUUCACAUGAAGACCCCUUUAAGUGUGAUGAGGGUUUGGGGGAGGGUGCGGGCGAGGGCGAGGGCGAGGGUGGGGGUGAGUCGUGCAGCCUGGCGGGGUUCCUGAUAGGGCGCGCGUGCGGGGACGCGGUGGUGGCCAACUACCUCUACUGGUACCUCCUCAUCGAGUGCGAGGACGCGGAGUGCGGCGCGCCGCGGCCCCCCAGACACAUGUACCUCAGUGUUAUGAAGACGUUCUCACAGCGAUUGGCUAAAGGAAAUGCGGACCACCAACGUACGCGUUCGUUCCUCGCGCGUCAACAAGUCUUCAUAGACAAACUGGUCAAAUUAGUUAAGACAGUCGCUAGAGAGAGUGGCAACAGGAACAAGAAGGCGGAACGCCUGCAGCAGCUCCUCGCAGAUCCUGACGCUUUUAAAUUCAACUUCACGAACUUCGAGCCGAUGCCCUUCCCCUUAGACCCUAGUGUUACCAUCAAAGGAAUAGUGGCAAAGAAAGCCUCACUCUUCAAGUCUGCUCUGAUGCCCUCGAAACUGACCUUCCUUACCACCGAGGGUGUGGAGUAUGAAGCCAUCUUCAAACAUGGAGACGAUCUCAGGCAGGAUCAACUGAUACUCCAGAUGAUCACACUCAUGGAUAAGUUACUCAGAAGGUUAAAAACAAGUUUGCCGAAUACUGGUCUAGAUUAUUUUAUUUCUUAUUUACAAACAGGUGUAGGUGACCGCCAUCUCGACAACCUGCUGCUGCGGCGCUGCGGCGCGCUCUUCCACAUCGACUUCGGGUACAUCUUAGGUCGAGACCCGAAGCCGCUACCACCGCCCAUGAAGCUGAGCCGGGAGAUGGUGGAAGCCAUGGGCGGAGUACACGCUGACCAUUACCACGAGUUCAGAAAACUCUGCUACACAGCCUUUUUACAUUUGAGACGGCAUGCAAACUUAAUGCUGAACCUGUUCUCUCUGAUGGUGGACGCGUCAGUGCCGGAUAUCGCCCUAGAGCCUGACAAGGCCGUCAAAAAAGUACAGGACAAACUCAGACUGGACCUGGGCGAUGAGGAGGCGGUCCACUACUUCCAGAACCUUUUGGAUAUGUCAGUAACAGCUGUCAUGGCCGUGCUGGUUGAGCACUUCCACAAGUUCGCGCAGUACUGGCGCAAAUGAACUUAGCGCUGGCGGUAGGGCGUCCGCCCAGGGCGGUGGGGGCGUCUGCCCAGGGCGGGUAAGGGCCGCCAGUUACAAUCUUAUAAAACUUUAACCCCGAGCAUAAAGGGCGUGGUAGAACUCGCCCAGGGCGUUUAACUGCUAAGACCAGUACUCUUUGUACUAUAAGCUUUAUCUGAUGACUUUCUAUUCUUAUAAAUAUGAAAAUUGCAAUUCUAAUAAUUAUGUAAACUUGUAUAUACGUUAAUUUUGCAAUAUAGUGUUUGUGUGUAGUAAAAUUUUGUAAAUCUUUGUACUGUGAUA